CAGACGUGGAGUCGUCCGGCGAUGCCAAAGAAAUGCGAGCGGUGAUACUGGCAGGUUUUGGAGGUCUCAGCAAACUCAGGGUGAGCAAGAAAGCAAUGCCCGAGCCUCAGGAUGGUGAAGUGAAGAUCCGCGUCAAAGCAUGUGGCUUGAAUUUCCUGGACCUGAUGGUACGUCAGGGGACCAUUGAUAAUCCUCCCAAACCUCCUCUUGUCCCUGGGUUUGAAUGCUCUGGAAUAGUAGAGUCAGUAGGUGAAAACACAACAGGAUUUGAGAUAGGCGACAGAGUUAUGGCCUUUGUCAAUUACAAUGCCUGGGCAGAAGUGGUUUGCACGCCAGUGGAUUAUGUCUACAAGAUGCCAGAGGAAAUGACUUUUGCUGAGGCCGCAGGGUUCUCCCUGAACUUUGUGGCUGCCUAUAUGAUGCUCUUUGAGGUGGCCAAUCUGAGAGAGGGGAUGUCAGUGUUGGUUCACUCAGCAGGAGGUGGUGUAGGUCAAGCUGUGGCUCAGCUGUGUUCCACUGUACCUAACGUCACCGUGUUCGGGAUCGCCUCAUGUUUCAAACAUGCAGCCAUCAGAGACUCUGUGACUCACCUUUUUGACAGAAACGUCGAUUACAUACAAGAAGUGAAAAAGAUUUCUCCAGAGGGAGUAGACAUCGUGUUGGACUGCCUGUGUGGGGAGAACACAGGGAAAGGCCUGACUCUGCUGAGGCCUUUGGGAACCUACAUUCUUUAUGGCGCGUCAAACAUGGUAACUGGGGAAACAAAGAGUUUCUUCAGCUUUGCAAAAUCUUGGUGGCAGGUGGAGAAGGUGAAUCCUAUUAAACUAUACGAGGAGAACAAAGUCAUAGCAGGAUUCUCUCUCCUCAACCUCCUCUUCAAACAUGGGAAAUGUAGUCUUGUGAAAUCAGUGAUGGACAAACUCUUGUGUCUCUAUGAGCAAAAGAAGAUCAAGCCGGUAGUGGACUCCCUGUGGGCGCUGGAGGAGGUAAAAGAGGCCAUGCAGAGAAUCCAUGACAGAGGCAACAUUGGAAAGCUCAUUCUGGAUGUCGAGAAGUCUCCCACCCCUCUGAUGGCCAGUGACAGCACAGAGACCAGUGAAGCAGGAGAGGAAGAAGAGGAGCCAGAGGGAGACAACGACAGCAAGGAGCGAAUGCCUUUCAUCCAUUAAACCCAACAGACCCCACCGCGACACGCCUAGAGACUGCAGAGGCUGCAAAGAUUCACCACAGAGGAACACAACCACACACACACACACACACACACACUCACACACACGUGUUGUGCAGUAUGUGCGCGUGUAUGUAUGUACGUAUGCAUGUGCUGUAUGCAUGUAUGCAUGAAUGGAUGUAUGUACAGUAUAUGUUUGUGCCUCCUGUCUAUUGUUUGUCUAUUGAUUGGUCAAGCUAAAUUUUGGGGUAAAUGAAGACUUACAACAUGUUUGUCACCCAGGCAACAGGUGCAAGUGCCACUCUCAGAAUAGUGUUAUAUUCUUUAUGGUAUUAUGAAAUCAUGUUAUGCUCGCCAGUAAUGUCAAUAGAUUUGUGUAUAUUUCACAAUUAGUUGCAUCUGACUCAAUAAGCAAUUAAAGAUAUACUAUGCAGGAUUUCCUAAAAUACAAUAUAUAGACUCACACAACAGUAAUCCCUCUAAUUAUCGCUUAUGACCCACUAGCAGUGUGCAGCAGUGUCUGUAUCUGCACACAACCUGCCUUCUGCCUGGAUAUUCUUAUUUUUGUCUUAUCUGGGUCUGUUCAGGUCGUUUCUGGGUGUCAACCUUUGAGCAGUUGUGUGUAGCCCCCGGCCAAUAGCAGCAUGAGGUCAGGACUCUAUAAAAACAUCCACUAUCUCCGUCUUUCUCUUCUACUCUGUGGGUGCAACCUGCAGGUCUGUGUGUCUAUUGGAUUAAAGGCAAGAUUGAGCAGAGCAGAGAAGCCAAAGUGACAGGAUGAAGCAUUAGCUGCAUUAGGUGUGAGUGUGUUUGUGCUUUAGAAUGUAACUGCGGUGAUACAAUCAGAAAAUUAUUAUUUAUCUGAUUCAUUACUGUGUUCUGGCUAACACUGCUCCCUCUCUUUAGCCCCGUCUACACCAAACACUUUCAGUAUGGUACCUUUGGAACCAAUAGUAACUCUUCAGACAUGGUACCUAGACCCUAACGUUUCCACCACAAACAGUUCUCUUAAAUGUGGAUGGGUGGGGUUGUUGUCACUCACUGCUCUGUCCAGCACUCACUGUAUUUCCUCCCUUAUCAGUUUACACCUCGUUUAUCGUCCACAGGAUGAGGGUUCACACCAACGUUUUCAGAACAAAAUAAAAACAGGUUGCAGUGAAUCUUUCUCCAUGGGGUAUUUAAAAACAGUGGGUGUUUGCAUUUAGUCCUUUUAAGGCAAGCUCGGGGGUUUAGUGUUGCCGGAGCUCACAGGAACGAAGCUCUGCGUCGCUUUUUUUUUCUGUGUGAGGAUUAGGAUAUAUUCUACUCACAUAACCUGGUCAAAAUUAAUAAAGAUAAAUGAUUUAAGUUCCACUCAUUGCUAAAAGUUUAUGUCAUAUAAAAACUAAAGUAAUGGUCAGAGCUGUCACAAUGAAAUUUCAGGUGUUUUGAUGGACUCACGUUGUCAACUCAUACAUUGAGUACCAUUACAAGUUAAAGUUCCACCUUUAAAGUUGCCAGCAGUCAGUCCAGUGAAUUAAGUAAUUUUUUUCUCAGACUCCAGCUGCUUUCAGAGGCAGCAAGACAUCUUUUCAUUUUAUAGUUACAGUCUAUGAAUAAAACUCUCCACAGUAUUAACAGUGGUAACAUGAGCCUCAAAACCAGCCCUAACUCAGCCCUGAGCAGAGUGACCGUCCUCUGUUGACCAAUCAACAAACUGCAGUGUUCACAGCUCUACAUUUUAGUACCAGAUCUGUGUGCUAGGGACCAAAAAUGGGGACAGUACGGAAUGGUUCCAUUGGUACCAUCCACAACUUUUCACAGUGGAAACAGAGGCUUUGGACGGGGCUUUUAGUCACUCUGUAGCUCGCUUGAUCACAGGUACUCUCUUAGUCUUGUUGAGCCGAGGAGGAGGGGCCGAGUUUAAAUGUUGUGUUAACAAACAGUAAGCGAAAAAUCCUGCAUAGUAUGCCUUUAAACCCGCUGAAUUGCUAUUAUCACUCUAAGAUCGGUACCCUGAUAUACAGGUUAUCUAAAGCACCUAAGUGUCAUAUAUGGAAACAAGCUUAAUAUUUUACAAAGUAGUGUAUCUAAUUCUCACCCCUCCUCAGUGAUGACAGCUGUGAAAUGAAAGAUAUUGAUGGAAGUUUGAGAAAAUGAGCUCAAUGUUUCGAUGCUUCUGACCAAGAGAGUGAUUUACUUUCUCAUGUUACUAUAGUAACGUGUAACCCACGAGAGGUGUAAAAGUCUGUGUAUAGAUAUUUGCAUGAUAUUUUAUUCUUAGGUGCCAACCUUGUAAUAUUACGGGAUCACCAGUGCCUUUGUGCUACAAACGAGCGUUUGAUACUUGAAAUGCUUUCCUCAUGUGAAGUUUGCAUUGAAGGAACUGACAAAGAAAGGUAUUUUUAACUGGGAUACAAAAACUAUGCUUAUAAAACGAGUCCUCAUCUGAUCAGAGAUUGAGAUAAGAUUAAGGAUAUGUUUUCCCAGAACACAGUAUAUUCAGAACUUUUACUGAAAUACAGUAUAUACAACACCACAAAGUGUUACAUUUAUAAAAGGUCACAAACAUUUAAUAAGAAUAUAUGUAAAUACAACAGAAGAUGAGAUAAAUCAGUAAAUUCUGAGUUUGCAGGGAGGAUCAUGAAGUGGUCGGACUGCAGUCUGAGCUUUGUGGAGUCUCUGCUUUGCUUGUCUGACCAAAGUUGUUUACUUGCCGGUGCCUCACAACAAAAGUGCCAUAAGACUCCAACAUAUAUUAUUUUUACAAUGAGCUGGUGUAUAAAGGCAGAGUGAUUAAGGUCUGAGCAACACUGUUUAUUACUUAAUUUAAGUGUGAUGCCCUCGGCUUUCCACAUCUGAGAGUUGUUAAUGAAAUGUAAGAGAAAAAUGGCCGACAAGGAACAAAUGUUUACGCUCACGUAUCUAAAUGAGAGAUCCUAAAUUUAUCAAAGUAAAAACAAUUGUUUCCACUUUUUCUCUGGCCUUGCUUUGUCAGUGUUUUUAUAUCGGCUAGCCAUCUGAAUUAUUUAUUACUUUACUUGAAUUAUUAAAAUGGAGCCAGAGCAUACAUCAAAAUGUACUUUCUCUGCUAUAAAAACAAUAAAACAAGCCUUACAUAAUCUGCCAUUUUAACAAAAAUAAAAAAUGUAUCAACUAAAGGGGUAAACACCUCAUGCUUUGAAGCUGAAUGAUAAACGAUGGAGACACAGUCUAAGUGGGUGUACAAAGGUGAUGAAAUAAGUCACUUUAGAAGUUUAUUUCUAGAAUGGAAGUUAGGAACACACAUUGUAGACACUUUAGAAAUAUAUAUCUCAAUUCUGAUGCCUUUAAUGUUUCGUCUGUGUGUGAGAGAGAGCGUGAGACAGAGAGCAUGUUUUUGAGUGUAUUCAUAUUGCAUUGUAAAGAAAAAAAAAACAUGUCUAAAGAAGUGUUUAGCAUUGUAGUGUGCUCACAACAUUCCUUAUGAACUCUGGUUUACCUGUGCUCGUAUAUUUUUGUCACU